CAGAUGGCGCGAAAUCAUGUCAACAAGGGGAAAGUCCGUUAUUACUCAAAGAGUUAAAAAUAGAUGAAAAUAACUAUCCAACUAGUUUCUCUUUUAAUCAGACAUCCGUCUUCACGUAAUCUCCAAAAAUUCUGACCAAACAAUGGAGAGAAAACACAAAGAGAUUUUUUUAAGGUACUUACCAAAGUUUGUGGAUCAAGUGGACCCACAGCAGCUGCUAACAUAUUUGCCAUGUUUGUCCAAAAAUAGUAGGGAAACAGUAGAGGCUGCACAACGAUCUACGUCAAGAAGUUAUGCAGCUCAAGUACUACAUAGUCAUCUUGAAAGGCGACCGGAGGGAUUUCGUCAGCUUGUACUAGCGCUCCGACAUGAAAAUGUUGACUGCACAGAACUAGCAGAUCUUUUAGAUCCUCAACAUUGCUAUGAUCCAUCUAAUGAAGGACAAAGCCAGACACAAAACAACAAUGUUUCCAGUCCUGCUUGUCAUUAUGGUAGCCCUGUACAGCUGUACAACGUACAAGUGCCAUCAGGUGCUGCAGGUUUCACACCAAGAUCUCCAGGGACAUGUGACCUGCAUAACAUGCGUCAAGGGCAAAUGAGACCAACGCCCAAAUAUGAACUUGAUACGCCGUGGGGGAAAUUACCAGGUGGUGUCAACUCUACUCUGAGGAAGUUUGAUGCUGAACAGUCAAGGAAUAAAAUAGAUGAUCUAGGUGGUGAACUUGGUUUUAAUAUUGAAGAAAUAAAUGAAAUAAAGUCAGAAGUGGUACCUGGAGAGAGCAAAACACUAGCAUUUUUAGAGCGCUGGAUACAUUCGCAGCACACACCAGUUAUACUGGGAGAUAUCAUGAAGAUAUUCCAUAACCUGGAUAGAUUGGAUAUUCUCCACGAACUAGAAAACAAAACAGGGGUUAAGUUUGUGCAAGAAGAAGAGAAUGGAGACAGUGCAAUAUCUAAUGCCAGUAUUGUGCCAGUUGGGGAGUUGCCAGUUCAAUCAAGAAAAGGACCAGUCAAUACUGAUACCAAUCCAAAUAUAAAUGUACCUUUAGAAAAGGUUCCCAGCAACAGCGUAAAGGUUUGUAAUCUUGAAGCAACAGAUAUGCCUCAGAUACAUCCAGGCAAUAUUGAAAGACCAAAUAAAGAAAACCUCAGGCCAAUACCACAAAGUAAGAGUGAUAUCACAGAAACCUUUAGGCACAUGUCACAAAAUGAAAGUGAAAUCACAUCCAUAGCAGAUGACAGCAUUGAGGAAUGUAAAAGGAACAAAAAGUUCUUAGGAUAUAGAAGAGAAGAUAUUGAAAACAGAAGAAGUCAAGGUCCUCAAAACUUAAAAGAUAAUUUUCAGGCAGACAGUAAAAUGAGAACUGACCAGAGGAAAAUAUCAGGGGAACUUGCAUCUGAGUCUGGUAUGAGAGAAGGUUUACCAUCACCUCAUGUCAGCAAUGAUGAGAUUGACACUAGAGAAAAUAAUCUCAACAGGUCUGUUUCAAAUUGCAGUUCAAGCACUGAAAACAAUUCAUGUGACAGCUUGCCUGAUAAAAUUUUUGAAAACAAUCUACAGUCUUGUGAUGAGAAAAGGCCCAGUGAUUCACUGGCAUGCAACGUGAAUGAAGAAGAUAAACCUAACAUUGAUGUAGACUAUACCACUUCACCUAUAGAAGAAAAUCUUGAAACAGAUUUCAUGCCCGAAAUGGGAGAUAAAACUGAAAAUAUUUCAGAACUUAAAAAAGUUGAUAAACCUGUAUUAAAUUUAGCACAGCUAAGGAAUGGCUGGCAGAACAGUGAUGAUGACAUUGAAAAAUUACAAACAAAAUUUUCACUAGAUAAUUUUGAACAGAAGAUUUUGAGACCAUGGCAAAACUAUAGUGAUAUUAUUAGCCAAAAUGAUCCUUCAGAAUCAAGGGAGGUUUCUGAGAAAAAAAGUACAGGCUCACUUGACAGCAUAGCCACUGUUGACCAUUCACUACGUGAUGCUGAGGCAAAUAGACCAAAACUAGCAAGUUUGUCAGGAGAAAUGAAAAGUCUAGAGAAAAAGGCUCGUAAAGCAUAUCCAGGACAACAUCAGCUUGUAGGAGCAAGCAUUGAUACCGUGUCUUGCAUGGAUUAUGUUGACAAUCCUACAGGAAGUUUUAAGUUUGAUUGGGAAGUGUCACCCCUACAAAGUGAAGAUUUGCAAACAGAUGGUGAUGCUGAACAGGAAUUAAGGCAUCUGGAACAGACUCCUGUAAGACAUCAUGAAUCAGAUGCUUUGCUACACCAGCCUGCAGAUCAACAGAAUGUAGAAGUAAAUAUUACAAAGAGAGGUACUUCAAGUCUUGUCAUGUCAGAAACGAAGAAUCAAAAGAUAAAUAAUGAAAAGGCAGACGUGUUGACUGAAAAAUCAGAUCAGUCCAAAAUACAUUCUGAAUCUAAUAAUAUUGAUGAAAAAAAUUUAAGUGAAGGUUUAAGAAAUGCUGCAACUACUAAAAAUGAGAGUGAAGCUGUAAUGAAAAAUGCAGUUGAAUUGCAGGGUGAAAAACUAGCUAACAGUGGUAAAGGAAAUACAGAGCCAGGUGCAGCAUUUUUCAGAAAUCAGACAGAAAGCUUCCAAAGAAAUAAGACUGAAGAUGCCAGCCAAAUAUUUAGUCUAAAAAGCAUGUCUAGUGUGGUCAAAUUUAUAUAUGAAAACUGCUUAUAGCAUUCAGUAGAGGAUAUUUAUGAAAUGAAUGUAUUUAGUUCAGUACUAAAUUUAUUGAACAAGUUUGAAGUGAAAAAGAAUCAUUUUUCAUUCGCCCGCCUUUAGUGUAACACGAACAUUCAGUGCGUCUUUACACUAUGUUUGUAUAAUGCAAAUGACGUCAUGUCAAAAUAUAUGCUGGACCUGGACCCUGCAAUACCAUUACGGAGUUGCAAAAGCGGCACUGGUAUGUGAUAAGAUUACAGUUACGUCUGGAGAAUUUACUAGAAGAAGAUGAAAUAUUAAAAUUGCGGAAUACUUGUUGAAGCAUAUUACAUGACAAGAGAAAAUUACCUAGGGAGCAGCCCUUCUUGACAUGUAUAACCACCAUGGAAUUAUCAAAUCUGACUUAAAAGGUUUAUUUUUAUUCAAAUAUAUGGCAUACAUUCAUAGACGCAAAGCAUAGUGCUCAAACAUACAAAAGAAAAAGAUAAUGUAAACAUGAUUUGCUUUGCCUUCCAAAUAGGCAGUUAGCUUCAACACUUUUUGGGAAACUUUCACUCUCACAUCAUAGUGCAAAGAGUGGGAUUUUAUGAAUGCUUUGUCUUGAACUAGAAAGUAUGGCAGUGAUGAGAAAUAAAUGAGAUCCAAGAAUUUCAAGUAGCCAACAGAGAUGAAAAAAGAAAUACUGUUUUUGUUCUUUGACAAUUUUGAUUUUUCACAAAGAAUGUGAUCUUUGAAAUGGGAUAAGGUCAUUUGGAUCACAGGUUUGAGAUACAGAAAGCUGUAUGUAAAACAAAAAAUUUAAGAUUACCAAAUUGAACAAAAGUGAAGGAACAGUAAUGCAGUGAAGCUCAUUUAUUGGCAAAAAGUGGAGCUAUCUUGCCCAGGCAUUGUUGAUACCAGAGUAACUCUUUAUGUAAGUCUUGCAUGCAGCUUAUGUUUGGUAAAUAUAUUCAAUUGAAACUUCACAAUGAUAAUGUUUGUAAGUGACCAAGACCAUUAACUCAUAUUUUGGAUUUGUAUUGCCUAACUGAAUUAUACCCCUUUAUUAACAUAAACAAAUUCUAGUUAUGUUUUUUGUGUAAUAAGAUUUCACAUAUAACUUCAUAAUUAUGACUGGAGUUUAAACCUUAGGUCACUAGCCAAGACCCAUAACUCUAGUAUGGAUAAAUGAAUAUUCUUUAGUAAAUUCAUUCUGUCAUGUACUGGGGAGAAUAUUUUCAAAGGUUUGCAUGUUUUGCAAGUUCCUUCUCCACAAACAGUGUACAUAUUGAAAAUUUACACAUAUCUCAAUUAAUUGGUAUCAAUAAAAAGUGUAGGUGAUUAACUUGAUCAUGUCUUUUUACUUGAUGAUGACAAUUUGUGAACUAAUUUCUGUAUGGCUAUUGUUUUUGUAAUCAAACACUGGGAAUAAUAACAAAAUUAUUAUAAUAAUAUAUAUGUUUGUCACCUAGCUCUUGUAUUAUUUCAAAGUGAUUUGAUGUGUGCUAGGAUCAUUCUGUGAUUAUAUAAUAAACUAGUAGUCUGUAUCUAUAUUUUUUUUAAGUGGAUUGGUCUACAAUAUUAUUUCAAAUAUUGAUAAAAUCAGUGGAAACAAUGCAAAUGUAUAAUUUGGAUAAUCUUGCUGGGAUAAAAAAAGAUGACAAAGUAGAAUGAACAUUUAUCUGAUGAAUAAUAUUAUUUUGUUCUAGAACAUUUUGUAAUCUGCUAUGUAAAUAUAUGUAAUAUUAAAUCAUGUAUCUCACACUUACCAUCAACACCAUGUAUAAUUCUUUCCUGGUUUGUUGUUAUGUCUAAUACUAAAAACUAUGAACAUAAUUAUUUAUUAUAUUACAGUUCUUUCAUUGUAGACCAAUUCACUUUAAUUAAAAUCAUUAUUUUUUUAUUUCUAUCAGCCUGCUGAAUUUAUAUAAUGGAUUCACCCUGCUUUGAACUUGGAAUAUUGGAAUAGUCCAUUUAAAGUUAAAGGGAUUUUAAUAUAAAAAAUUAGGUACAUGUACCAACAGGAUGGAGCCUUGGCAGACUGCAGUUAUACAAUUUCAGUUCCAACAGGGUUAAAUUAUGUAUACCUGUACAUAAAAAUACAGAUAUACACAUAACAUUGUUUGAGGGGCUUGUAUACUUACAUACUUUGAAGAUGU